AUGCCCGAGGGCAUUCAGUCCUGCUGGGACGUGGGCUGGGAUCUUCUGGGAUCCUGGGGAAGUGGGUCCCCUCAGGCCUCUGCUUGCCCUUUUGUCUCAGCUGGGGCUGGCUGGGAACCGGUCUGUGAAGGAGUCUUCAAAUGCCCUGAGGACCAGCUUCCUCUGGACUAUGCCAAGAUCUACCCAGAUCCAGAGCUAGAAGUACAGGUGUUGGGCCUGCCUAUCCGCUGCAUCCAUAGUGAGGAGGGCUGCCGCUGGAGUGGGCCACUUCGUCACCUACAGGGCCACCUGAACACCUGCAGCUUCAAUGUUGUCCCCUGCCCGAAUCGCUGCCCCACCAAGCUGAGCCGCCGUGAUCUGCCUGCACACCUGCAGCACGACUGCCCCAAACGGCGCCUUAAGUGCGAGUUCUGUGGCUGUGACUUCAGCGGGGAGGCCUAUGAGAGCCAUGAGGGCCUGUGCCCACAAGAGAGUGUGUACUGUGAGAACAAGUGUGGUGCCCGCAUGAUGCGGCGGCUGCUGGCCCAGCAUGCCACGUCAGAGUGUCCCAAGCGCACCCAGCCUUGUACCUACUGUGCAAAGGAAUUCGUCUUUGACACUAUCCAGAGCCACCAGUACCAGUGCCCAAGGCUGCCUGUGCCCUGCCCCAACCAGUGUGGCGUGGGCACCGUGGCUCGGGAGGAUCUGCCAGGCCAUCUGAAGGACAGCUGUAGCACUGCUCUAGUGCUGUGUCCAUUCAAAGACUCCGGCUGCAAGCACAGGUGCCCCAAGCUGGCAAUGGCACGGCAUGUGGAGGAGAGUGUGAAGCCACAUCUGGCCAUGAUGUGUGCUCUGGUGAGCCGGCAACGGCAGGAGCUGCAGGAGCUGCGGCGAGAGCUGGAGGAGCUGUCAGUGGGCAGCGAUGGCGUGCUCAUCUGGAAGAUCGGCAGCUACGGGCGGCGGCUGCAGGAGGCCAAGACCAAGCCCAACCUUGAGUGCUUCAGCCCGGCCUUCUACACACAUAAGUAUGGUUAUAAGCUGCAGGUGUCUGCAUUCCUCAAUGGCAAUGGCAGUGGCGAGGGCACACAUCUCUCGCUUUACAUUCGCGUGCUGCCAGGUGCCUUUGACAAUCUCCUUGAGUGGCCCUUUGCCCGCCGUGUCACCUUCUCCCUGCUGGAUCAGAGCGACCCCGGGCUGGCGAAGCCACAGCAUGUCACUGAGACCUUCCACCCUGACCCAAACUGGAAGAAUUUCCAAAAGCCAGGCACUUGGCGGGGCUCCCUGGACGAGAGUUCUUUGGGCUUUGGUUACCCCAAGUUCAUCUCCCACCAGGACAUCCGAAAGCGAAACUAUGUGCGAGAUGAUGCGGUCUUCAUCCGGGCCUCUGUUGAACUGCCCCGGAAGAUCCUCAGCUGAGUGCAGGCGGGGCUCCAGGGGAAAAGGGGUCAUGACCUCAGGCACUGGCUGAACUCGGAGAGGGGCCGGACCCCCAUCAGCUGCUUAUGCUGUCUAGGUUCUGUUGCCCCGUUCUCCCUCCUCCCCUUCACCACCACCCUCAGGUGCCUCCAAUUGGUGCUUCAGCCCUGGCCCCUGGGGGGUGCAGGUCUUUGGGUCAUCAAGGGCUGGAAACAAGUGAUCCUAGGGCCUGUCUCCCUUCCCGGGCAGAGCCAACAUGCCUUGGUGCCGGCCACACCCUAUCCAGACUGAGGUGCCUGCUCAGGUGCUAUGUCCCAAGAGCCAUAGGGGGGUGGGAGUUGGGCAUGGGAAAAGGGUAGUUAAAAGACUCUGUCUUGAGAUCUGAUUUCUUUUCCCCUUUCUUCAGCUGUGCCUCUUCUGGUUAUUUAUUUCAUUAGUGCCAGGAGGGCACAGCAGGGAAACCCUGAUUUUUAAUAAACUUUGAAUUGUAUUUAUUAAA